AGCCACACUUCCGGCAAGAGCAGCUAGAAUCGUUCCGGUGCACAUUGAAUAGGCGCAGAAGAGAGAGAAAAAGAUUCUGCAGCCCUGGCCACAGUACUUUGGUGACACUUUUCGUGGGGCUCCCUGGAAGACUUUUCCUAAGGCAGAUGGAGAAAACUUCGUGAAAUCCACUCGUUGCUAUUAAAGGAAAUGUUGUGGAAUAUAAGCGGACUUAGGUUCUGCAGAGCUUGAGCAUGGCCUUUUUGUCCUCCCACCUUCUGGUUCUUGAAGACAUUGCCGGUGACCUGGCCCCAGACUAACACGAGGCCGGCGUAUACCGGCAGCCUGCCCUGCCUCCCCUUGCCUCAGCACCCACAGAGACCUCUUGCAAGAUGCUUCUCUGGCUGGAGGUUCCCCGGGAACUUUCCCUUCCUUCCUAGCUGAGGAAGGUCCCUCACUUCCGCUCGCCGGGCCACCGGUCCCGCCUCCCCGCCCCCCGCUGGGUCCUAGCGCCGGCCUCUCUUUGGCAGGAUCCGGGCUCCGUCAGUGCGAGAAGCCAACGCCGACAGCACGGAGUCAGCCCAAGUCUCAUCAGGGAAACUCCAUUCACCGAGGCCAUGGAAGUGGAGGCUGCAGAGGCCCGGUCCCCAGCCCCCGGCUACAAGCGCUCUGGCCGCCGCUACAAGUGCCUGUCCUGUACCAAGACAUUUCCAAAUGCGCCCAGGGCAGCGCGCCACGCUGCCACACACGGGCCAGCAGACUGCUCUGAGGAGGUGGCUGAGCUGAAGCCAAAGCCGGAGACAGAAGCUAAGGCAGAGGAAGCCAGUGGGGACAAGGUGGCAGGCUCCGCGGCUAAGCCUAGGCCCUAUGCGUGUCCGCUGUGCCCCAAGGCCUACAAGACGGCACCCGAGCUGCGCAGCCACGGGCGCAGCCACACGGGAGAGAAGCCCUUUCCGUGCCCCGAGUGCGGCCGCCGCUUCAUGCAGCCCGUGUGCCUGCGCGUGCACCUGGCCUCCCACGCUGGCGAACUGCCCUUCCGCUGUGCGCACUGCCCCAAGGCCUAUGGCGCACUCUCCAAGCUCAAGAUCCACCAGCGCGGCCACACGGGCGAGCGGCCCUAUGCCUGCGCUGACUGCGGCAAGAGCUUUGCUGACCCUUCAGUGUUCCGCAAGCACCGGCGUACUCACGCUGGCCUGCGGCCCUACAGCUGUGAGCGUUGCGGCAAAGCCUACGCCGAGCUAAAAGACCUCCGCAACCAUGAGCGGUCCCACACCGGCGAGCGCCCCUUCCUCUGCUCCGAGUGCGGGAAGAGCUUCUCCCGCUCAUCCUCUCUCACGUGCCACCAGCGCAUCCACGCAGCACAGAAGCCCUACCGCUGCCCGGCCUGCGGCAAGGGCUUCACGCAGCUCAGUUCCUACCAGAGCCAUGAGCGCACACACUCGGGGGAGAAGCCCUUCCUGUGCCCGCGCUGCGGCCGCAUGUUCUCCGACCCCUCGAGCUUCCGGCGCCACCAGCGUGCGCAUGAGGGGGUGAAGCCAUACCACUGCGAGAAGUGCGGCAAGGACUUCCGGCAGCCGGCUGACCUGGCCAUGCACCGGCGCGUGCACACGGGCGACCGGCCAUUCAAGUGCCUGCAGUGUGACAAGACGUUCGUGGCGUCCUGGGACCUCAAGCGGCACGCGCUGGUGCACUCUGGCCAGCGGCCCUUCCGCUGCGAGGAGUGCGGGCGAGCCUUUGCCGAGCGUGCCAGCCUCACGAAGCACAGCCGGGUGCACUCGGGGGAGCGCCCCUUCCACUGUAACGCGUGCGGAAAGUCCUUUGUGGUGUCAUCGAGCCUGAGGAAGCACGAGCGGACCCAUCGAAGCAGUGAGGCCGCGGGGGCGCCCCCUGCACAGGAGCUGGUGGUGGGGUUGGCGCUGCCUGUGGGCGUGGCAGGCGAGGGCUCAGCCACCCCAGCAGCAGGGGCGGGGCUAGGGGACCCUCCAGCAGGGCUGCUAGGGCUGCCCCCAGAGUCAGGUGGUGUGAUGGCCACACAGUGGCAGGUGGUGGGCAUGACGGUGGAGCAUGUAGAAUGCCAGGAUGCCGGCGUCCGGGAGGCUCCUGGUCCCCUGGAAGGGGCAGGCGAGGUGGGGGGUGAGGAGGCUGAUGAGAAGCCCCCCCAGUUUGUGUGCCGAGAGUGCAAGGAGACCUUCUCCACAAUGACACUGCUGCGUCGGCACGAGCGCUCACACCCGGAGCUCCGGCCCUUCCCCUGCACCCAGUGCGGCAAGAGCUUCUCUGACCGGGCUGGGCUGCGGAAACACAGCCGCACUCACAGCUCAGUGCGCCCCUACACCUGCCCCCAUUGUCCCAAGGCCUUCUUGAGUGCCAGCGACCUGCGCAAGCACGAACGUACCCACCCUGUGCCCAUGGGGACCCCCACACCCCUGGAGCCCCUGGCGGCUUUGCUAGGAAUACCUGAAGAGGGGCCGGCCUGAAACCCAUGACCCCCAGCACCACACUCCGGGAGCCCAGCCCCCAUCGGGGGCUUCCUGUACCUCCUUUUGCCUGGCUCUGCUCUUUAGACUCCAGAUCCCUACCCCUCAGCAACUAGCUAACCUGUCGCCCAGCUAAGACAGCUGGGACAAUGGAGGCUGGCAGCAGCUGAGACGUGACUGUCUAGGAGUAACACUCAUUAAAGCUUUCAUUUUGGCA